AUGUCGUGGCUCUUUGGAUCUUCCAGUGGCCAAUUGCUAACCAAAUUGCCAAUAGAAAAAACCGCCCCCGCCCCUGCAGAGGCCCAGACGAAGCCAGCCCAGACCGACAAGCCCAAGCCCUGCUGCGUCUGCAAGGAUGAGAAGACCGCCCGCGAUGACUGCAUGCUCUUCUCCAAGUCCGAUGACCCCGCCAAGGAGUGCCAGUCUACUAUCGAUCAGUACAAGACUUGCAUGGCCGGCUUUGGUUUCAAAGUCUAG